AUGAGGCUGUUAUGUUGGAACGUCCGAGGAAUGGGGGGAGCUCGGACGUUCAGGGAUCUGAAGGACUUCAUCUUUGUUCAUAAGCCGGAGUUAGUUUUCCUAAUUGAGACGAAGAUGACCAAGGAUCAGAUGGGAAAGCUAAAAACGAGACUUGGUAUGGAUGGAGUCCUUUGUGUGGGGAGAGAUGAGGAAUAUGGGGGUGCUAGAGGUGGUCUUUGUUUUUUAUGGAGGAGUAGUAUUGCUGUUUCGUAUAUUUCUUCGAGUUUUUAUUUCUUGAAUGUGAUGGUGACCUGGGAGGAUGGCAAGAAGAGUAGAGUGACCGGUUUUUAUGGGCACCCAGAGACAGCUCAGCGGGAGUCUUCUUGGGAUCUUUUGAGAUUGUUGAAAGGGGAGCCAAAUACUCCUUGGUUGUGUUGUGGAGAUUUUAAUGAGAUUCUUGACUUCACGGAGAAAACGGGGUUUGUUAUUAGGUCUCAAAGACAGAUUGAUGCCUUUCGGCGGGCAAUUGAGGACUGUGGUUUAUAUGAGUUUGCCUUCACAGGGUUUGAAUUCACUUGGGAUAACAGGCGUGAAGGGGAGGCAAAUGUUAAAGAGAGAUUGGAUCGUGGUUUCGGUAAUUUGCCUCUGAUACAACAAUGGGGUGGUUUAUCAUGUCAUCAUCUUGUGGCUUUGACAUCUGAUCAUAAUCCCAUAUUAAUUGAAGAAGAUCCUCCCUUUAAUUCCAGAGAAGUGAGGAGGAGAGGAAGGCGUUUUCUUUUUGAAGAAGUGUGGCUUACUCAUGAGGAUUGUGGAAUAAUUGUAGAAGGCACGUGGACUAGGGUGGCAAAUGCUACAGUUUCCCAAAAGCUGGGGUUCAUCGCCAGAGAUUUAAAGAGUUGGGGAAAAGAAAAAUUUGGUAAUGUGAGAAGGCAAGUGAGUACCCUUAGGGAGGAAUUGGAUGAAUUGCAGCGCCUAUACCCAACGGCAGAUGUGUUAUUAAAAAGGAAUGAAAUUGGAGGGCAGCUUGAUAGAGUUCUAGAGACUGAGGAAAUUUUAUGGAGACAGAGAUCCAGAGUGACGUGGUUGAAGUGUGGUGAUCGAAACACUCGUUUCUUUCAUCAAUUUGCCAAACACCGGGGGAAGGUUAAUCGGAUCAAUGGAAUUUUGGGUGAGGAUAAUAGGUGGAGAUCUAAUGUAGAAGAGAUUGGUAAUGUCUUUGUGUCCUACUUCAGAAAUCUAUUUACAACUGGGGGAGGGGUAAUGAAUGAGCAGAUUUUUGAAACAGUGCAUAGUCGGGUUCCUGCUGAGUUGAUGGAUCAACUUAAUCAACCUUUUACCAGUGGGGAAAUUGAAGCGGCCUUAAAGAGCAUGAAUCCGACAAAGUCUCCAGGUCCUGAUGGCUUGCCAGCGGUUUUUUAUCAGAAAUUCUGGGGUAUUGUUGGUCAGGACGUGUUGGAUGUGUGUUUGAAUUUUCUGAAUGGGAAUGGGACGGUGGCAGAAAUAAAUAACUCCCUUAUUACUCUUAUUCCUAAAGUUCAAGAACCAAAGAAGGUAACGGAGUAUCGGCCAAUUAGUCUCUGCAAUGUCCUGUACAAGUUGAUUUCGAAGACUCUUGCAAAUAGAUUAAAGUGUGUCUUGCCGGAGGUUAUUUCGGAGACACAGAGUGCUUUUGUGUCGCAAAGGCUAAUUCAUGAUAAUACUACUGCAGCUUUUGAGAUUAUUCAUUGUUUGAAGAGGAGGGGUAAAAAAAGUAGGCAGAAAGUUGCGGUCAAGCUUGAUAUGGCGAAGGCAUACGAUAGGGUGGAGUGGGAUUUUUUGAGAAGAAUGAUGGAGGUGAUGGGUUUCCCAGGUCGUUUCAUUUCGCUUAUCAUGGAUUGUGUUCAGACUGUUUCUUACUCUGUACUUCUACAUGGGGCACCUUUUGGGAGGAUAAAACCUUCUCGUGGAUUAAGACAAGGGGAUCCCAUUUCCCCUUAUUUGUUUUUAUUGGUUGCAGAAGGAUUUUCUUCUUUGAUUAGAUGGGCAGAGCAGCAGAAGAUGGUUCAUGGAGUUGCUAUAGCCAGGGGGGCACCAUCUGUGUCACACCUAUUUUUUGCAGAUGAUAGUCUCUUGUUUUGUGACGCUACGGUGUGGGAUUGUGUGAACCUAAAGAAGAUUUUCUGUAUGUAUGAAGAGGCCUCGGGGCAGAAGAUUAAUCGAGAAAAAUCGGCGAUGGCUUUCAGUCCUAAAACGAUGAGAUGUAUGCAGGUUGCUUGCAGCAAUGCCUUAGAUAUGCCCAUUGUUCCUUGUCAUGAGCGUUACUUGGGUUUACCUACUAUGACAGGAAGAGGUAAGAAGACUUUGUUCCGUUCCUUAGCUGAUCGGGUAUGGAAAAAGGUUACUGGAUGGGAAGGAAAGCUACUAUCGAAAGCAGGGAAGGAGGUUCUAAUAAAGUCUGUUGCCCAAGCAAUUCCUAACUACACUAUGAGCAUUUUUCAAUUGCCAAUUGGGAUCUGUGAGGAAAUUAAUAGAUGUCUUGCUCGUUAUUGGUGGGGGAAGUCGGGGGGCAAAGGAAUACAUUGGCGAAGGUGGGAGGGAUUGUGCACUAGUAAGGAUGAAGGUGGGCUGGGGUUUCGUGAUCUUGUUCAUUUUAACCAGGCUUUGCUUGAUUUAAAUGGAUUUCGAGUUACGUAUAGCGAUGGUGCUCCUCUUGCUCUUGUAGUGGCUGAUUUGUUCAACGACGCCGGGCUCUGGAAUAUUCAAUUAUUGGAUCAGUUGGUUGGAGCCCAAGAGAAGGAAGCUAUCUUGAAGAUUCCUUUGGCGAGGACAACUAAACCAGACUUAUGCAUCUGGAACUACUGCAAGAAUGGGAGGUAUACUGUAAAGAGUGGCCAUUGGUUGGCUAGGAAGGAGGCUCGGGAAGGGCCGGUGAACAAUGUUAACAAUGCUCCAGGGAAGUUUUGGAAGCAUCUUUGGAAGCUUAAAGUGCCUCCAAAGAUGAAACAUUUUCUGUGGAGAUGUGCAAUGGGAUUUAUACCGACUAUGGAAGCGUUGCAUUGGAAGAGAAUUACUCAGACGGCGAUUUGUUUCCGGUGUCACCAAGAGAUAGAAACGCCUGUACACGCAACAUGGAGGUGUGGAGAAUGUGUUGCGGUGUUCGAAAGGGCGGCUUUCUUCUCCAAACUGUCAACCGGUCAGUUUCCUUCUUUUAUUGAGUUUUUUUAUUAUGCCAUGGAAACCUUGGAGGAAGAGGAGUUACAAUUGCUUGUCUUCCUUCUGUGGUGGAAUUGGUAUGAAAGAAAUUCCCUAUAUCACAAUGGAACUUCGUUGUCUUCUGAGAUGGUAUUUGAAAAAGGGGUGCAGCAGGUGUCUGAGUGGCGUGCUACUGUCAUAAGGAGGAAUGUAAUUGAGGAGGGGUUUGUAUUUGGUAGGUUGAAUGGUUGUGAUGGGUUGAGGGUGCAUGGGGAGACCUUGCAUGGGAGCACUGUAAAUGGUUGGCAACCUCCAGAGCGAGGAAAACUGAAAUUGAAUUGUGAUGGGGCAGCAUCACCCAAUGCGGGCCAUUAUGGGGUGGGUUUUAUUGUAAGAAAUGCAACUUGA